GAACAGAGUUUCAGCAGAACCGGAGUCUAAAAACUAUUGUAAUACUUAGAAGCACAGAAAGUGUAGAGAAAAAAGGAAGGGCUUUUUUUAAUCUGCGGGAAAAGGAUUUUUAAAAAUUACUAUUGUUAUGAUUAUUAUUAUUACUUUAGAUAUCUAAAGUACCCAGCUGUUUGAUCUACAUUAAUAUUGCUCUGAGUGGAGUUAAUGUUUACAUUUUCAGUGGUGUAAAAGAGAGACAAUCGAAUUGGGAUUGUUUUAUUAUUAUUAUUUUUCUAUUUUCCACUUUUUUAAAGUAAUUGGCGUGUUAAAGGAAAGAGUAUUUUGGAUAUGUCUGAUCCAGCGAUUUGGAGUGUCUUUUCAAACUUUACAUUGCCUCAUUUGAGAAGUGGAAACAGGCUCCGUCGAACACAAAGUUGCCGGACAAGUAAUCGAAAAAGUUUGAUCUGUAAUGGACAGUCUUCGGCUAUGCCUCGGCCCCAUUCACCACUUUCUGCUCAUGCAGGCAGCAGUCCUCAAGACAGUCCUAGAAAUUUUUCUCCUAGUGCCUCAGCCCACUUCUCUUUUGCACGAAGGACUGAUGGACGGCGUUGGUCACUGGCAUCUCUCCCUUCUUCUGGGUAUGGUACAAACACUCCCAGUUCAACAGUUUCAUCAUCUUGUUCUUCUCAAGAGAAGUUACACCAGUUACCGUAUCAGCCAACACCAGACGAACUUCAUUUUUUAUCUAAACAUUUCUGUGCUACUGAAAGUAUUGCUAGUGAUAAUAGAUGUAGGACCACUCAAAUGAGGCCACGAUCCAGAAGCCUCAGUCCUGGACGUCCUCCUGCCUGCUGUGAUCAUGAAAUUAUUAUGAUGAACCAUGUGUACAAAGAAAGGUUUCCUAAGGCUACUGCUCAAAUGGAAGAAAGGCUUCAAGAGAUUAUCACCAACCAUUCUCCUGAGAACAUCCUUCCUUUGGCAGAUGGAGUGCUCAGCUUCACCCACCAUCAGAUCAUUGAACUGGGCCGUGAUUGCUUGGAUAAAUCUCAUCAGGGUCUUAUUACCUCACGAUAUUUCUUUGAAUUACAGCACAAAUUGGAUAAACUCCUACAAGAGGCCCAAGAACGAUCAGAAAGUGGAGAAUUGGCAUUUAUUAAGCAGCUUGUUCGAAAAAUACUUAUUGUCAUUGCACGUCCUGCUCGUUUACUUGAAUGUUUGGAGUUUGAUCCAGAAGAAUUUUACUAUCUUUUGGAAGCUGCAGAAGGCCAUGCAAAAGAGGGGCAAGGUAUUAAAACUGACAUCCCUCGAUAUAUCAUAAGUCAACUGGGUUUGAAUAAGGAUCCUUUGGAAGAAAUAGCUCAGCUGACUAACUAUGACAGUGGAGCAGCAGCCACUCCAGAAACAGAUCAACCGGUCAGUAAUUCUAAUGCAUCACUUAAACUUAAGAGGAAGCCUCGUGAAAAUGAUUUUGAAACAAUUAAGCUGAUUAGCAAUGGAGCAUAUGGUGCCGUUUACCUAGUGCGUCAUAAAGAAACAAGACAGAGAUUUGCAAUGAAAAAGAUUAACAAACAGAAUCUCAUUCUUCGAAACCAGAUUCAGCAGGCAUUUGUUGAGCGUGAUAUCCUGACAUUUGCAGAAAAUCCAUUUGUAGUCAGCAUGUAUUGUUCCUUUGAAACUAAACGCCAUUUAUGCAUGGUCAUGGAGUAUGUGGAAGGUGGAGACUGUGCUACUUUGAUGAAAAAUAUGGGCCCUUUGCCUGUAGAUAUGGCCAGGAUGUAUUUUGCUGAGACUGUUUUAGCACUGGAAUAUCUCCACAACUAUGGAAUUGUACACAGAGAUUUGAAACCUGAUAAUUUACUGGUAACAUCCAUGGGACAUAUAAAGUUAACAGAUUUUGGGCUGUCUAAGGUUGGCCUCAUGAGUAUGACUACCAAUCUUUAUGAGGGUCAUAUUGAGAAGGAUGCUAGAGAAUUUCUGGAUAAACAGGUUUGUGGUACACCAGAAUAUAUUGCUCCAGAAGUGAUUCUGAGGCAAGGUUAUGGCAAGCCGGUAGACUGGUGGUCCAUGGGAAUUAUCCUUUAUGAGUUUCUUGUUGGGUGUGUGCCAUUCUUUGGAGAUACACCAGAGGAGCUAUUUGGACAAGUUAUCAGUGAUGAGAUCAACUGGCCUGAAAAGGAUGAAGCACCUCCUCCAGAUGCCCAAGAUUUGAUUGCUUUGCUUCUGAGACAAAAUCCCUUGGAGAGAUUAGGAACAGGUGGUACUUAUGAAGUGAAACAACAUCAGUUCUUUCAAACCUUAGAUUGGAAUAGUUUGCUGAGACAGAAAGCAGAAUUCAUUCCUCAGCUGGAAUCUGAAGAUGACACAAGCUACUUUGACACUCGUUCUGAGAAGUAUCAUCAUAUGGAGACAGAAGAAGAAGAAGAAGAUACAAAUGAUGAAGACUUUAAUUUGGAGAUAAGGCAGUUUUCUUCAUGUUCACAUCGAUUUUCAAAAGUUUUUAGUAGUAUAGAUCGAGUCACUAUUCAAACUGAAGAAAAGGAGAAUACAAUAGAAGGAACAACAAAUGCGACACUAACAUCUUCAGAAUCUUCAUGCUGGAGCUCAGAAUAUUCUGAUGUGCAACAGAUAUCUACAUCAGUUUCUUCAGAUACUGAAAGUGUUAAACAACGCCACAGUUCAGGGUUACUUCCAAAAUUAGCUAUAUCAGCUGAAGGAGAUUCAGAGGAAUUACUGUGUUCUGGUGGAUCUCAUAAAGUUCAAGAAAAGACUAUGUUUGUAAGUGAAGAAACUGUUCAAGAUGAAGUAGAGGUAACAACUCCAGCAAGCACAAUUAGUAAUUCCACACUCUCAGCUGGUAGCUUUUCAGAGCAUUUGGAUCAGAUAAACGGAAGAAAUGAAAGUGUGGACAGCACAGAUAAUUUCUCAAAGCCAUCUAGUGAACAAGCAUCUCAUAUGGCUCGUCAACGAUUAGAAACUACAGAAAAAAAGAAAAUAUCAGCAAAGGUUACAAAGUCCCUCUCGGCCAGUGCUCUGUCCCUUAUGAUUCCAGGAGAUAUUUUUGGGGUGUCGCCUUUGGGAAGUCCAAUGUCCCCCCAUUCCAUAUCUUCAGAUCCUUCAUCUUCCAGAGAUUCUUCCCCAAGCCGUGACUCAUCAACUGCUCCUGCAAGUCCCCACCAGCCUGUCAUAAUUCAUACUUCAGGCAAAAAGUAUGGAUUCACUAUCCGAGCAAUCAGAGUAUAUGUGGGUGAUAGCGACAUCUACACAGUUCAUCACAUUAUUUGGAACAUUGAAGAGGGAAGUCCAGCCUAUCAUGCUGGGUUGAAAGCUGGUGAUCUCAUUACACAUAUUAAUGGAGAGCCAGUCCAUGGCCUUGUUCACACUGAAGUCAUAGAACUGUUAUUAAAGAGUGGCAAUAAAGUGUCAAUUACUACUACCCCAUUUGAAAAUACCUCAAUAAAAACAGGACCAGCUAGAAAGAAUAGCUAUAGAGGCCGAAUGGUUAGACGGAGUAAGAAAACAAAAAAGAAGGAGAGUUUGGAAAGGAGGAGAUCUCUGUUCAAAAAGCUGGCUAAGCAACCAUCACCUCUUCUUCAUACAAGUCGGAGUUUCUCUUGUCUGAAUCGAUCAUUAUCAUCAGGAGAAAGCUUACCUGGUUCUCCAACUCAUAGCUUGUCUCCCCGGUCACCAACACCAAGCCUUCGUUCCACCCCUGAUUUCCCCUCAGGGACAAAUUCUUCCCAAAGUAGUUCUCCAAGUUCAAGUGCACCCAAUUCUCCAGCUGGCUCUGGACAUAUUAGACCCAGCACACUCCAUGGUUUAGGACCCAAGCUUGGAGGAUCAAGAUACAGAUCUGGAAGGCGCAAAUCAGCUGGAAGUAUUCCCCUUUCACCAUUGGCAAGGACUCCAUCUCCAACACCUCAGCCAACCUCUCCUCAGCGAUCUCCAUCACCCUUACUGGGUCAUUCAAUAGGAAAUGCAAAAAUAGCUCAGGCUUUUCCCAGUAAAAUGCAUUCUCCUCCCACUAUUGUAAGACAUAUUGUCAGACCUAAGAGUGCAGAGCCACCAAGAUCCCCACUACUCAAAAGGGUUCAGUCCGAAGAAAAACUUGCUCCUUCUUAUGGCACUGAUAAGAAACACUUAUGCUCACGCAAACACAGCUUGGAAGUAACUCAGGAAGAGGUUAAUAGAGAAGCAUCCCAGCGUGAUAUAACUCUUCAGAGUCUGGAGGAGAAUGCGAUGGAAUCGCCUUCAGUCACACGAGUGAGGCCUGCAGAGCAAGGCUGUUUAAAACGCCCUCUUUGCAGGAAACUGGGCAGGCAAGAAUCUGUUGAUGAACUGGAUAGAGAAAAAUUGAAAUUCAAGAUAGUUGUAAAAAAACAAGAUCUGGCAGAAAAACAAGAAUAUUUGCAGAAAACAAGCAUUGUACAUGAACUUUGCAGUGAAUCAGAAAACCCCAUUAUCUCAUGCCUGGAAGACAAGGAUAGCAAAAAAGUAUUUCAAAAAGCUUUGGAACGAUCAAAUCACUCUGAAGUUAAAAUUACAGCUUUGGAGACACAGGCAACAGGUGGCAUACUGAAAGACACCCUUCAGAAGAAUGCAAAUUUGAAGUCCAAUGAAUACAGUGCUUCAGAUGCAUGCAUGUCAUGUCAUAGCCCUGCACUUAAUGAACUUAGUCAUUUGUCUUAUGAUUUCAAAAGAUUUUCCCCUCCGUGCACAUUGCUAGAUGUUCUGCCUCACUCACCCGAGAAGUUGGCAAAUGGGAAAGAAGGGAAUGUAGAUAAAAAUGCAUCAACAAAAGAAUUUGUCAAAUUUGAAAGAUUAGAUAGUAAUCUUGCAAAUAUAGAUUAUUUUCGAAAGAAAAUAUCUUCUGAAGAAAGUGAUGACAAUUCCAGUCCAGUGCUAAAGCCUAAAUUGGCAGCAAACAAACAUGAGUGCCAACAGCUUAAUUCAGCUAAGCCUAUAAAUAUUAUACAGAAUUCCAAUUUGCCUGCUGAAAAUCCAUCAUUUCUCAGCAGUGCUCAUGCUGCUCAGAUUAGUUCUGUUCCUUUUGUUCCCCUCAAAACCUUGAACAGCAGAGCUGAUCCUGGUAUUGAGAAAUCAACCCUGAUCUCCAUGGAAUCAUUGGCCUGGAAGACUUCUUCAGAUUACAAACUAGAAGGAAGGUCUGUUUCUUGCUUGAAACCAAUUGAAGGUACGUUAGAUAUUGCUCUGCUUUCAGGGCCACAGACGUCAAAGUCAGAAGUGUCUUCAUGUGCAUUCCAAGGUGACCAGAGUAUUAAAAAUGAUCAACUUCCCCAGUGUGACAACAGCCUGAAAGUUGAGCCAUUAUCUCAGAAGAUGCUACCAACCAUCCAGCAAUCCAGACCCUAUAAAUCUGAUCUUUUGGAGCUGCAGAGCUCAAAGCCUAAUAAAAAUACCCAGCAUUCAACUGCAGCACCUGCGAUGAUUCAACAGCCGUCAAGAAAACCACUCUCUAGUCUCACUGCUAACGAUGACUCCUCUGUAAGGGAGAUCUGUCAAAAAGGAGAAACAAUCCAGGUUGGUACAAACAGUACGAAAUCUAAUGGCUUCCAAAAUCAGAAUUCUGCUUUGAUAACUUGCACAGCUACUCAAGGACAAGGAAAUACUGAAAAAGGCAAACGAAAAGAGAAGAAGUGCAUUAAAGAAGUAUUGGAGAGCCACAUGAAAACUGAACAGACUGAUGAUGGGAGGACUGCAGAUUCCUCAUGGAAGAGCUUCAUUCCAGAUUUGGUUUCGAAUCAAGACUCUAAGCACAGUCAAAGGUAUACUUUGGAUUCAACUGCUCAUUUACAAGCAUGUGGUACAGCAAAAGUAGAGGCAUCAAAUUCCAAGAUGAAGCUCAAAGAUGUCAAAGAUAUGCUUAAACAGCCUGCAAAGGAAGAUGAAAACAUCACUGGAGAAUUUUCGGGAAAUGAAUUUGGCAUGCCUAAACCAAAAACUAAUGCUUUGCCUUCCACAAAGAGUUUCAAUUCAGUUAAAAUAGAAAAAACAAUGGUUGCUGCAACUGUGCAAAAGGAUAAGCCUCGAGACCUGGGAUCAAAAGAGCAGAGGCAAUCCAAAAAAACACAGCCUCCAACUGCUGAUAAGGAGCCUAAUUUUCCUUCUAAGCCACAAAGUAGCAAUUCUGAUGUUCCUGCAGUAAAAGAACCAUUCAACAGACCAUCUGCAGCAGAUGUUCCUAUGUGUUAUUGUAAUCAAGAAAUUCUCUGGCCUGCUAUGGAGAAUAGCACUGUUAAAUCAAAGCAGGUUCUCGAUGCGUGUUCCUCUAAAUUAAAACAUUCUGAAAAAUCUGCACAUAAACCAUUAGCUACACAGGUAAAAGAAAAAGAAAAUGGUGCACUGGGAAUGGCUGGUUCUCGAAAGGAGGGGAAAAACAUAUUUAAGAUCACUUUGGAUUCUUUCACACAUUCUUCAAGCUCUCAGAGAAAGCUAAAUAAUGCACCGAUACAGACAGAACAGAAUGUGGUUAUAUCAUGUAGAUCAGAACCACCAGUCCAGCUCAAUAAAACCAUUGCUGAAAAUCAGCUUAAAUCUUUUAGUAAAAGCCAGGGGACAGAGAAUACCAAGUUUUUUCAAAAGGAAGAGACAGCAAGCUUAGGAGAUCCAGUUGAUCAAAAGCCAUUCCAUCUACGGAACAAGCCAAAGGUAUCCAGUGCAAAAGAGUGUCCCUUGCUGAACAAAGAGAGAGAUAAGGAUUCAAGUAACCCAAUAGUCUCUCCAGAAAAACAACCUGAAGGAAGGAAAUGUACUGAUGCACUUUAUUUUCAAAGUGACAGCAGGAAAUUGGAUCCCAGCCUUUCUGUUUCUGCUUGUGAUGCCAGAGGAAAAGGUGUGGAAAAGUCAGCCACGGGUAACAAAAACUUUCAGGACUGUAAAGGAAAAGGACACGCAAAUCCAAAGCAACUGGCAGAAGGGAGUAAAUCAAAUCCAACAAAACAUUCCUCCUUGACCACAUUGCAGAAUUCGUGUCGCACGGUGGGAAACACUACAAAGCAGCUGGAUGUCCCAUUCAGCUGCCCAGAACCUAGACAGAAAGCCCCUGUUUUGCCUUCUUCAAAGGCUAAAGUGCUAUCAGCAGCGCCGCCCCUUGAAGCGAGCUGCAAGGAAGUCAAAAAGCCAAGCAGCUUUUCUUCCUCAGCAGAGGGCAGAACAGAAACUGUGUCACUAUUGAACUUUCGCUGUACUUCGCCCCCUAAAGAAGAGCAAGUUCUUACUUCCGAUUUGGGGGGAAAGCCCAGAGGUCAGGAGAGGUCUCACUCUGCUAGCACUAUGGACAUAAAAGGAAGAGACCCCAGUCUGCCUCAAUCUUCUGCUAUAAAAAAACAGAAUGUAGGUAAAGAUUUGCCAAAGUCAGGGACUACAAAUGACUCUCUCAAUGCACUUUCAUUGGACAAAGAUUCUUCCCGGCAGAAACGAGGAAAAGACCCCUCAAGACACAGCCCUCACAAAAAGAGCUCUUAGUAGUUGCUUGCAAAUAGGAUGUCUCAGAUGAAAAUCUAAUUUCUUGUCUCCCUCCCCCCCCCCGCCCCCCUCUUAAAAAUCAGCACUGUGUAGUAUUUUCUUUCAGAAAAAAAGUGUGUCACUUAAGCAGGGUCUGUAAAGAAAGACUCAAGUUUUGUUUCCCUUCAUAAAUGUCUUCCCAAAUAUUACCGGUUAAACUGUUAGCAUAAAAAUACUUUUACAAGUUGAGAGACUUGAGGUAAAAUGGGCCUGGGUCAUGGCAAGUUCACUGUAAAUACUUAGUGUGCUUGUUUUGAUUUACAAUAUCCAACUGCUGCUGAUUGUAUUGUUUACUCUUUUAUAGAGUUGCUGCUUUGCCACCAAUUUGCCAUAAUCAAAGAAGAAACAGAAUUGCUAAAGCUUAGUCCUAAACUGAACCCACAAAUGCAUUGCUCUAAUAGGAGGAUGAAAGUAGAUCAAUUUUUUCUCGUUCAGAAUUGUACACCCACCAUAAAAAUCAGAACAUCGAAAUCUAGUGCUUUCUAAUGAGUUUAGCUGCAUAGUUUUAAGACCUACAGAUUCAUACUUUGGUUCGUGAGCUAGACUUAACUCAUUUAAACCAGUGCUUCUUAAACUAGGUAACUUUAAGAUCUGUGGUCUUCAACUCCCAGAAUUCCCUGGCCACCUAUGCUUGCUGGGGAACUCUGGGAGUUGAAGUCUACACAUUUUAAAAGUUUGCAAGUUUAAGAAACACUGGCUUAAAUGAACAAACUGUGGUUCUUUAAUGCACAGUGAUUGUCUUUGUUUAGUAUUGAUGUGAGGAAACAGAAAUAACUUCCAUUGUCUUCUCACAUAAAACUUUUUUGCUAGAGGACAAGUUUUGAAUAACAGGAAAUGUUCCUUUUUCUUCAUGGCAUGCUAAGCAUACUUAUCUUUAUUCAGGUCAUAUUAAGUAUGGUUUGGCCUUUCUGAUACAAUACUUAUGUAGAAACAAAUCUCUUAGGACUACAUUUCAUCUUUGCUAUCAUGAUAGGUAAAUUUGGUCAUUUAGCAGUUCAGUUUUCUUUGCUGUUUUAUGAUAAAAGUGGUGAAGGGAUGUAUUUUCCAUCGUUUUAUCUAGAUAAUAUAUUCUGUACCUUGUAACAUUUAAAUACUUAGCUGGGGCCUUACAUUGUAGAUUAAACUUGCUGUUUUUCUGCAAGUGAUGCUAGGAUUCAUAUUCUGGUUGACGUAUAUUAAGUAUCUGUAAACAUUUCAUAGCAUGAUAUUUAUUUGUAUAAAAAAGAAGUUAAUUUUUUAAAAUAAGAAAAACAUUUUUAGAUUAAAAGGGGAGAACAUGUUGGAGCUAUUUGGGGCUGUUUGUGAGGUUUUUUUUAAGUUUUCCUAAGCCUUACUUUAAUUCCAUGAUUCAUGAAAUAAGUUUAAACAAAUGACGUUGGAAGGAAACUCAAUUUGGUUGGAAACUUAGAUAAAAAUAUCAAAGGUUAUGAUAGACAAGAAUGUUAACAUGAGAAGAGAAUUCAUUAAUUUUUCUUCUUUUUAUAUUACCUUAUGGAAGUCCAUUUAAAGUUGAGUGUCCUCCAGGGCAAUUUUCCUGUUUCCUAACUACAGCCAACCAAGCAUAACCUAAUUAUGAACUGACUGUUUAUAAGAUCUUUACAAGUAUGCUAAAUGCAUUUCCCUGGGGAAGAAAUAAACCAGGUGAGAUUUGUUCAUAUUUAUAAGUCUCAGAAAAUGAUAGCAGCAGCCAGUUUCUAAAUGUCCAUUGAGUGGUAGUAUAUUCAUUCGCCACUCAUGAAUUAUUUAAAACAAGCAGAGAAGGAAAAAUACUCUUGAGGUAUUCCUGUCAUUUAUAGUUUGAAUCUGUGCUUUGGGAAUAAAACUGAAUGCAAAUGUACCCCCAAAUAAAAAUGUCGUUCUCUGGGAAGCAUUUCAUAGUUUACAGUUACUUGGGGAGAAAACCCUUUCACUUUUUUUCUUUAAGGCACAUUUAGCUAUCUUGUUUACAAAUGUAUCUUUUAAUGUAUAUUUUGUAUAUAGUGCUUUAUCACUUUUGCCAAAUAUUUCCCCUCAUUUUGAAAAUACUGUAGCACCCGAGUUCGCAUUGAUGUAAUUCCUUGUUCGUUAAUGUUUACCUUAAAGUGAAAUGUUAAAGGUCCUCUGAAUUGUGUAUUACUUGUCAGUCUUUGUGUGGAUGUAUAUUAUAAUGUCCAUUUGUAGUAUCCCCUACUGUUAAUUAUCAAAUUAUAUAAAAAAUUGUUAGGAUUUCUGCAAUGAAAUAUUUGCAGUCUUUUUUUUCUUUGAAAGAUCCCCAUGAUUGUCAUAAAAAUUGCCUAUUAAAUGCAAAUAUUUAUACUUGGAAGUUGGAGAACAUUGAAAUAAAAAAAGGGCAUGAAAGAAA